AGAGAGGGAGAGUGUCUGUGAGAGAGAGAGAGAGAGAGAGAGAGAGAGAAAGAGGUGGGAACGCUGCAGGUGCGACGUCACGCGAGACUCCGCCGUCAACCGCACGGAUUAAGCCGAAUCUCACGCGCUUUGCCUCGCGAGCUGAGCGGCACCGAGACGAUGGGCAAGCUGCAGGAAUUCGAGAUCACGUUCAACCAUAACAAAGUGGUGUACAGCCCGGGAGAGACCAUCUCAGGAACGCUGAGGAUCAUCACCGCCAACUCGCUGCAGUACAAGGCCAUCAAGGUGAACUGUGUGGGCUCCUGUGGCAUCUCCAGCAAGAUGAACGACAACUCAUGGAUGGUGGAGGAGCAGUAUGUGAGCAGCAUGCUCUCUGUGGCUGACAAAGGAACCCUUCCAGCCGGAGAGCACUGCUUCCCUUUUCAGUUUCUUAUACCAACACACGCUCCGACUUCAUUCGAGGGUCCGUUCGGGAAGGUCGUUUACAGAAUCAGGGCUGUAAUAGACACGCCACGCUUCUCUAAGGACUACAAGUCUCAGAAACCCUUUUACCUACUCAAUGUCUUGAACCUCAAUGAGUUGCCUGAUAUAGAGCAACCCAGCUGCGCUGUCACAACUAAGAAGUUCACGUACUUCCUGGUGAAGACGGGAACCCUCAUGCUGAAGGCUCACAGCGACCUGAGAGGAUACACUCCAGGCCAAAUCAUCAAACUCUCCACCGAGAUCCACAACAAAUCAGGCAAAGACACAGGCUACAUCCUGGCUAGUCUCAUACAGAAAGUGACCUAUAAGAUGAAAAGGCCGUUGUUCGAUUUGAGGACCAUAGCGGAGGUAGAGGGGGCAGGGGUCAAAGCGGGGAAACAUGCAGAGUGGAAAGAGCAGAUCAUCGUUCCUCCUCUCCCUCAGUCUGCCCUCGCUGGCUGCAGCCUCAUAGAUGUCGAGUACUUUGUCCAGGUUUCCCUAAAGUCUCCUGAGACGGUGGUGACGCUGCCGAUCUACAUCGGAAACAUCGCCGUGAACCUGACCCCUACGAGACCGCCUCAGCCAAACCCCCUUCAGCACGGAGCUGCGAUGGCCGCCGUACCGAACGUCAGCCCUGGACCGGUGGUACCGAGCGCGCCUCCGGCUGAGGACGACGAGGACGAGGUGCAGGGUGCAGGAGCUCUAAGCAGCGAGGAAAUUCCUACCAAGAGUCACUCCCAGCAGGACUACUCGGGCCAGGCCAUCGCCAUGUCGCCUGGUGCCUUUAGUCACGCUCCGGCCCAAGCUCUUCCUCAGGGUCAGCCAGGCCAGUCAGCCGAAAGCUCGGCGCCGCUUUUCUGUGUCUCCACAGGGGCCACCAUUCCCUUUUUCACUGACGGAAAUGCCACACCUGUGCCCACAACCUGCCCUCUCAUUCUGCCUCCAGAUUAUAGCAGCUGGGAAUAUCCGCAUGAACCACCUCCUACAUAUGAGGAAAGCUGUAGCAGUACCAACUCCAGCUUCAACACCAGCAUGACGUAGAUGACAACACUGUAAAAUGCCUGUCAGUUAAUCUGCACCUUCCCCCUGCUGGACACUCCAGGCAUUGCCGUCCUCCCCAAAUAUGACCAAACGUAUUUAAAGGUAUCUUGUCCAUUUUUUCCACACGAUUUAUAGAAACGAUAUUUCUCACUCCUUGGUUUGGAGAAAGGGUUUCUGGAUCAGUGCCUAAUCAUGGACACACUCCUGAACUCUAAACCUGCAUCUGUGAUGCGGUGACAAACGUUAUACAAUACAAAGGACGUGCAUUGGUUAGCCAAGGCUGGCCUUCUGUGAUGCUUGUCCCAAAAGACAGGCUAUGUGACAUCAGAGCAAGUUUUUGAAAGCCCUGUGGUCAAUCUGAUGUUGAUCUGUGAACAUUUCCUCAGGCCCUCCUCAGGAGGACUCGUUAGAUUUUGAUCAGCACAGUUUCGAAAAACGUACAUAAAAAAACUUUUUUUUUUUUUUUUUUUUUAAAGCUUGCAUACUGAUCCGAGUCUGAAAUUUGUGCAGUCACUGAAUUUCUUUUCCUAAUGUAUAUAAAUAUAAAGUAGAUUAUUAUUAGUAGUAGUAGUAGUAUUGGUAUUGAAGGCGUUCAGCAAGAGGAAGGAGAAGCAACUGUUAUUACGUUAAAAACCUGCGUCAGAGGUGCCAACAUCUAUUGUUUUACCAUUACCAUAGCAACAGCACUCACUAAAAGUAAUUUUAUUUAUUACUUUCAUCAUAAACUAGUUCAAACACUAGUCCCAGAUAUGAAUAUAAAUUAAUUUUUAAUCAUGUUAUGUCUACAUCAAUUCCACAUUACAACAGAAAGCAUAGACACGAUGUCUAACAGAACGUCCACCACCUUGUGUGUGUGGAGUUUGCAUGUUCUCCCCGUGCCUCGGGGGUUUCCUCCGGGUACUCCGGUUUCCUCCCCCAGUCCAAAGACAUGCAUGGUAGGUUGAUUGGCAUCUCUGGAAAAUUGUCCGUAGUGUGUGAUUGCAUGAGUGAAUGAGAGUGUGUGUGUGUGCCCUGUGAUGGGUUGGCACUCCGUCCAGGGUGUAUCCUGCCUUGAUGCCCGAUGACGCCUGAGAUAGGCACAGGCUCCCCGUGACCCGAGAAUAGUUCGGAUAAGCGGUAGAAAAUGAAUGAAUGACUGAAUGAAUGAAUGAAUGAAUGUUAUUAUUGUCCUUUGGAUUAUUUUAGCUGUAAUUUAAAAAUUUUGCAGAUUUUUUGAAAAAGUUUUCCUCAAUCAGUUUCCUGAAUGUAUUGAUUCGGUUACUAGCAAAAGCGUAGCAUUUACACAUUUAUUUUUAGGUGAAAACAAACACAAAUCAAAACAGGUACGCUGAAGGGGAAAGGACACGAAAGAUGUGUAUUUCCUACUGGAAGAGAAUAUCUUUGAUUCACGCUGACUUUAUCUACUCUGACUUAUGAAUUCAAGGUUCAAACCAGGAACCAGUUGCUUACAGGUGAGUUUAAAAACAGAGCUGUCUCUUCUGAUUGUCCUGUUAGAAAUGUUGGCACCUCUGCUGCGUAUCGACAACAAGCAUAUUUUCCCUCUUGAAGAUUUUACGAAGCCAUUCGAUGUUAUUCCAUUAUCAAGAAAUGUUUAUGUAGUCCGUCAUGAAUUUUUUUAAACUUCCUUUAUUUAAAUGGAAUAAAAAUAUUUCUGGAACUAAAAUAUAAAUUCUUUACAAUGACUUGAUAAUAUUAUCAAUGUAAUUAAAAAAAUAUAUAUAUAUACAUAUAUUCUCUAUAAUAUAUAUAUAUAUAUAUAUAUAUAUAUAUAUAUAUAUAUAUAUAUAUAUAUAUAUAUAUAUAUAUAUAUAAAAUUCUAUCGGCAUUUUGUAGAUCAGGUGCAUCGUGAGUUCCUGCAUGUGUUUUAAAAAUUUUGUGAGAGUCUCGGGAACAAAACAGAAGAUGUUUCUAUAGCUGGAAUGAAACGCCAAUGUUUGUGAACACAGAAUUUUUUUGUAUGUGGUUGUUUUUUUUUGUUUUUUUUCAAUGACUCCACAAUUGAUGAAGAUUCAACAUAAAUUCCCAGAGGCCUUAUCCUGUGACUGCUGUGUAAAAUGGUGAUUCUCCAGUAUUUUAAAAUAUGUAUCAGUUCUUCAGACCCUUAAACUGUUUUUUUUUUUGUAUGUUUAUUUUUUUCCAAAAGUUGAAGCACAAAAUGGCACUUUUUUAAAUAGGAUUUGAUUCUGAUUUUCUAUGUGUGUGUGUGUGUUUGUGUUUAAAUCAUGUAUGUAAAAUCAGUUGUACAUUUACUUUACUGUUAUUUUCUCUCAUUAUAGCAAAACCUCCUUCUGGUGUUUUUUUUUUUUCAACAUAUUCAAAUAUUCAAGAGUGUUAUUCAUUUCUACUCUGUUAUAUUUUAGGAUGAAACAAAAGAGACUGCAUGAAAAACUGUCCACUUUUCUCAUUUGUUUUCUCUGUGUAUAAUUUUCACUACUGUGAGAAGGAAGAAAAUUGACAUUUUAACGAGACGUUGUUGGUUGGUCGUCUUUCUAAGCAAAUCACUGUGUUACAAUGCAGCCUCUCCUCAGAUUGUAAUAAUAAUAAUAAUAUUUAAAUAAUUAAUAAAUAUUUCAUAAACAAACAAAUAAAUAAAAGAUUAUGAUUUGAAUAAGGAUAUAAAAUACAAGGGUUGGUAACUGGGACAAAGAUAAUAUAUGGGAAAAGUUUAAUUGUUAUAAAGAAUAUUUUACAUGAACUCAAUUCUAGAGACCAGUCUAUUCUCUUCUUUUGUAAGUAUUGGACACUUCAUUUUAAGUUUGAUUUGAAAACUUACACAUCUCUAACAUAAAAGUCGUGUAAAAGUAAAGAUUUUCGAAUUGUAGCGAAACUGAUUAGGAUCAAAACGGUGCUCCGUAAACUUCACUAUGUUAGGACAUCUGACAGUUCUUCCGUUUCCGUUUGGUCUCUGUAUGGCUUGAUGUAGCAAACUAGACACAAUGUCAUCCAAAUUGAUAUUAUCUAUAUUACAAAUCGUCUAUAAACUCUACAAGUUCUAUCAUUUGGAUCGAAGGUGCACGUCAGUCAGUCUACAACACAUGCCUUAAACCUUGGGAUAGUAACUGUGUCAAAAGUGUGCAGAAAUAUGUACGUAUCCGUCGUUACGGUAAUAAAUCGAACAUGCUGGGGGUGUGCGGUUAUAGGAAAAUGUUGUUCUUUUAGCUGUUUCCUGUUCAUGGUCACGACAGUAGAUCAUCUGGUCCGCAGUUGUUCUUUUAGCUGUUCCCUGUAUAUUUGAUUUCGCACAGCUUUCAUGCUGUAUGCUCUUCCUGGCACAACUUUCCCAUUAUAUCCGUGCUUGGGACCAGCACUAAGAGUUAGCUCUUCAGUGGGUUAGUUAGCUCCAUUCAUCAUGUUUAUGAUAAUGAGCAGAAGUGGAGUUAUUUUCCAGGACAGGACACUGUGAAGUUUUGAAAUUUUAUUCCUCCUAAAUGUUCGCAAUUUUCCCAACAGUUAUCAUUUUUGUUAGAACUUUCAUGUUUUUAUCUGUUUAUUGUUACACUUAAUGUAGUGGAACUUCUGUGAAAUAAGUUCAUCACCAGCGUCUCUGUUAUACAGUAGUUAUAUAAGUAUAAGAGCAAAACAUUUUGAGAAAGCCCAUAACUGCAACUUACAAAUUGACACUAUUGACCAAAAAAAUUUAACCUCCUCUCCUUCAGUAUGUCGUCCAAGUCCCUGUUACUAUAGCAAAAAUCAUUAGCGUGAAUGCACAAGAAUAAUACAAACCAUGCAGCUGAACUGUAGAAGCUACGCUAUUAAAAAUGAAUAAAAACCUCCAGACCAAUCAGAUUUGAGAAUUCAACAGCACUGUGGUAUAAUAUUGUUUAUUUCGCAGUGGAAUCCUUGACCGAAUCCAUCCUGCUUCUUAAAAUGUGUUGAUAAUUCUUCCAAUCUUUACAUCCAUUUUCCCUCCUGCUUUCCCUCAUCGUCCAUCACCAAAGAUUCAACAGCUUUAUGAUGUUCUUUAUUUAUAAUGUGUGUAACCCCUACCCACUGACAUGGUCUCUAGUAUUGUAUUUUUCUAUUGCUGUGUAUAAUUAUGUGUGUGUUGCGAUGUUUUCGAGCAAUGUCGUCAUCUGAUCCUUGUUAGCAGGCUUUGGAAUACAGUAGCACCACUGUGGAUCGAUGUAUGUGGAUCGUAUUUACAAAAAAAAUAAAUAAAUAAAAAUGAACUCAAA